CGAGAGCAUCAUGGUUCGGUAGCAGGUUCCACCGCUGGCUUGUGAUCGAUUUGCCCUUGCCGCUGGCUCGCAGCUGGGAGAAAAAGAACCAAAGAAGGACGACAGCAUAGAAACACCGCCAGGACUCAAGAAGAGCCGAGCUCCCAAUUCGACAUGUCAGCACCCGCCGCCGGAGGGUUCUCCCUCUUUCCGAACCCCAGCAACGCCCCGCGGCCACCAUCAAGAUCCCAGAGCAGACCUCGGACAGCCACGCCCCAGGAAGGGCCGGCCAACUCCAUCGAGGCAACCCCUCCUCGCGGCGCGAGACAUACGCCGGUGCGAAGAAACUCGACAGCCAGAGAGGCCAAACAGCGGGCUGUGUCCAACAACCCGUGGCAGCAUGCCCUUGAUGCCAAAAAGCAGCAGACAUCCGCCGAGAGCGCGGCCGGCCCGUCACACAUUGUUUCCGCCGAGGAUCCCGUGGUAGAAACCUCAUGUUCACAGCCAGUAACGGACGCACCCCAACGAUGCGAGACAGCUUUCUCCGAGGCUCAGACUCUGGUCCGGAGUUCGAGCCAGAGGUCCCGGAGCUCGAUAGCCAAACCGCCAAUAACAUACGCCGGGCCCUCUUCGUCUUCGCAGCCUGAGGAACCCGGAGAGCCGGCGCCCAUCCGGUCCAUCUUCCCCCGGUACAACCCCGAAGUUCCCCUCGCCCAGCAGGAUUAUUACCCAACCCAAGCCAGUCCAACCCACAUCCCACAAUCCGCCAUCAGCAGGCCCCUUUACUCCCCACGCAGCGCUGCCGCUGGCGCGAGCACCUCCUCGAAUGCCCCCGCUGGUACACAAGCACCUAAUCCCCCGCAAGCAGCCACGUCCGCACCCCGCUGGCCGCCAGUAGGGCAGCGGCACCACGAGCCUGCUGCGAUUCCGCCCGUUAACACGACCGAGGAGCUCCGCGGGCUAUGGAAGGUAACCAACGGCUGGAGAGCCUCCUCGCUCGAAGGGCGCACCUAUUGCCUGAAGAUGACAGCCUCGCCCGACGUGCCCCCCUCAUACACCCUCUCCUCCUCGACGAACCAGCCCUUCUACUGCCUGCGCGUGGACCCGACAUCUUCUUCAGCGCUCGUCACCCUCUCCCGCUACGACCCCAACAAGCCCUUCAAAGCGAGCACCUCCUCCUCCCCCUCCGCCGGCGGCAACAUGAUCUCCAUCCCCAGCCCCAACAGCGGCACUUCCUCCCCCUCCCCACGCGCCUCUUCCAGCAGCCGCCAGUCCAACUACGCCGCCGCCGCCCCGCAAAACACCGCCCACACCCCCGCCACCACCUCGCCCAAGCACCAAAAACACUGGCAGGAAGUGCUCUCAACCCAACUCUCCGCCUCCACCAACACCACCACCACCACCUCGACCGCUCCUACCGACGACGACAACCAAGGCCUCCUAGCCCACCUCUGGCCGUCGGCCGCCGCCAGGCUCGUAGCCGACCGCGCCAACGACGCCACGACCGUCGCCCUGGCCCAGCAGGAAUCGGCCCGCCUGGUGUGGGACGGCGACUCGGGCAACUAUUUCCUGGUUCACCCGGCCCUGGCCAUGCCGUUCUGUGUUACCGUGGAGCGCCACCCGGCGUAUAGUCGGACCGAGUACACGCUCGAGCACCUCGAGUCGCCCGUGCACAUUGCCAGGCUGGUGCGGGAUGGCACGGGGCAGGGGUGGUUGGAGGUGGAUACGGGCAUUGCGGGCAAGAUUGAAGCGGUGUAUCUGGUGGAUGUGGUUGUUGCUGCGCUGGUGAUCGUGGCGCAUCUGGAUGGGAGGGGGAAAAAGGCAGCUGGAAUGGGGAGUAUUGGUGGUGGGGCCGGGGAGGUGUUUGAGCCGCCGCCGGUUGUGUUUGGCGGGCCGAAUGGGAGUGUGUAUCUUGGAGGAGGUGGUGGUGAUGGUGGCGGUGAGGGCGGGAGGAGCAGCUGGAGUGGGAGGAGAGCGGCGGGGAGUCGGGCUAGUCGGCGGGAGGAGAAGAAUAAUAGUAAAAAGAGGAAGAAGUCGCGGAUGGAGCAGUUUGAGAUUGACCUCGAGAGUCAAACGAGUGACUUGGGCAAAGGAGGAGAGAAGGACAAGCUGCCUGGGGUGUUGAGGUUGCUGGUGGGGUUGUUCACUGUCACAUUCAAGUGCUUCGUGUGGUGCGCGACGCUGGCGUUCAAGGCGCUGCUGGCUAUCUUGUCGGGCCUGACGAAGUGUUGCGGGUUGGGGAAACUAUAGCAUAGGGUAACUGGGCAAACGCUAGAUCUCUCAGUCGGAGGGACCAAGGAACGUAUUGUGUCUUCUGAGUUUCUUACUGCUCUGAUCAAGACGAUGGAAAUCCCAAGCCCCUUCAGGCUCUGAGGAUACUUCACAUACGAAAGCUAUUCCCGCGGUGUGUUUCUAAACAGCUCAUGCUCAAUUCUGGAGUCAUUUAUUCGAGGUGCUUUGCUACCUGGG